CAGCGUAGAGAUUUUUGCCUCGUCGUGACAAAUUCUGUCUAGAAAUACUGUCUGUUUAAAAUGCAAAUUAACGCUUAAUGAAACAUACAACCUAAGUUACUUAUGGUUGAACCUUCGUGGAUGUAUGAGGAUUUCAUAUUGGAGAUCUAAUUGAUAAUGGGAGCCGAGGUGAGUGCUCUCACUGAUUGUGAUCUGGAAGAACCGAUAAAUUUGCCCAGCCAGAAAAAUUGGACAAUUCACCCAGCGAGGAAGAAGGAUGGAACACGUGUAACCGUGUUCAGAAGCUGUACUGAUGUUGGUGAUGAUCUUCUAGAAACUGCAGCAAAGAAUCUCAAAGUAUUAAGGCAUCCACUGAUAUUAAAGUUCUUUGCAAUAUGCAAAUCAGGGGAGGACCGGUGUCUGGUAACAGAAGAUGUGUACCCUUUGGAAACUGUCCUAGAGUCACUGACAUCUGUGGAAAUAUGUGCUGGCAUGUACAGCAUCAUUGAAGCUAUAGCCUUCUUGCAUGAUUGUGGACACAUGUGCCACAACAACAUUGCUCUGUCAUCAAUCUAUGUCAGUCAAGAUGGUACAUGGAGACUAGGGGGUACGGAAUUUCUUUGUCGCUUCGAAGAUGCUUCACAAACCUUUCUUCAACAAUCCAGAUCAAUGCGAGAUGAGAAGACAAUAGCUCCAGAGGAAAAGAGUGAAAAAUAUAUGACAGACCCUGCAACUGGACAUGCUCGGGAUGUCUUUGCAUUUGGUGUUUUGGUAGAGGCCCUGUUGGAAUGCAUUGGAGAUAUGGGAGAGCUGGCUCAGGGCUUUGAAAGGACAAUUCAGGAUUACUGCCUCAACCCAGACCCAACCUUAAGACCAAAGAUCUCAACACUACUCUCAGACAGACUCUUCAGCAAUGAAUUUGUGGAAAUAACAAAUUUCUUACGGAACAUAACUUUGAAGAGCUUGGCAGAAAAAGAAGCAUUUUUCAAAUCUAUUCUAAAGAAUCUGUUAUUACUCCCUGAGAGUCUGAUUGCAACCCGACUUGUGCGCCCUCUGUUGAGUAGAUUUGUUGUGUUGGAUGCAACUGCUAAUGAACACUUGUUACCCCACCUAUUGACUCCAAGACAAGAAAACCGAGAAUCUGUUUCUGCUGACCUAACACCACUCCUGUCAGAGAGCCUGUAUCAGGCACAUAUCAUUCCAGAAAUUUACAAAAUAUUCCAUGUACGGGAUUCCCACGUGCGACUAGUUCUUCUUAGGCACUUCCACAACUACUUUCAUCUGUUUGAUGAUGAUACUUUAGCAGGAGUUAUACAGAAACAGCUCUUGCUUGGGCUUCGGGAUACAAAUGAUGAGAUUGUAGCAGCAAGUCUCAGGGCCCUGGCAGACAUAGUACCAAUUCUUGGUGGGGAGCAUGUCAUAGGAGGAACAAGAUUGAAAGUUUUUGCUGAGGGAAAACCAAAGUUUACAACGGACAGAUUGGUGGGACUUGGGAAGAACUUGAGCAGUGUUCUAAAUGCACCUAUACCUGAUAGUAUUAGACAUAAAGUAGAUAACCAUAUAGUGAAGAGCCCUAAAGUAAUUGAUGAGGGAAAAAUGAUAGAAAAACAGAAGAAAAAAGAAGAUAUGGCAAGAAGGAGGAAAGAACAGCGUAGAAAAAGAGAGGAAGCAAGGAAAAAGAAAGAAGCUGACAUUAUAUCUGAUGACACUCUUCAACCAAAUGGAAAUGUGACACAUUUGGAGGCACCAAUACCCAACAAUGUUGCUAAUGACACUCAAGAAACAAUUGGAAAUAAUCAACAUAGUGAAUCAUUUGAAUAUGAGAAUGAUAGUGAUGUUGAAAAUGAAAUAGAAGAGGAGCUCAAGCAGUUGGAUUCAUCAUCAAAUUCCCAGAAUUCUUCUAGAUCUUCCAAGUCAUUUAUUGGUCAAAAAGAGCGUACAUCGCCACCUAUAACAGUUGAUUGGUCAAAUGCAAGGAGUAGAACAUCACCAUCAGAAUCCUCUCAUAAAGAUGUUAAUACAAAACCACACCAAGGUGCUCUUAAACUAUCUCAAAAGGACACUUUAGCAAAGGAAAAUGUUAAAAGUACUGAGAGUGCAGAUUUUGAUGAUGAAAUCAUUGAUAGUGGAGAUGAUGAAGAUGAAUGGGUUGAUUGGGACCAAAAUAUGCCCGAAUCUGAAGUCCCACAAAGUGAACAAAAAUUCGAUGGUCUUGAAAUUCAAAAUAACUGGGGAAAUGAACAUGGUGUCUGGGGUCACUCGAGUUGGGAGAAUGAUGUUCAUUAUGAACCUUCAACUGAUAUUAAAAUGGAAAAUGCAGUACCAGAUAUGAAGUCAUAUUCUAAUCUUAAUAGUGCAAUGACAUCACAAUACAAAACCAAAUCGGAAAAUUUGAAAAAAACAAAUCAAGGUAAAAAUAUCUCAGAACGAGCUCUUGGAGAGGAGUUCGAUGUUUUAGCCAUAGAAAUAAAGCCAAUGGCGAAGACUGAGAGUGAGGAAAUAGAUUUUUUCUCUGAUAUGGCACCAACUGUCAAACCAACGCUUAAAAUAAACACUAGUCCUGGAAACAAGAAUAAAACCGAUUUCUCCUUUGCAGCUACAGAUAUGAGUGAGGAGGCUAUAGGUUGGGAGGAUGAUGGUGGUUGGGGAGAUGCAGACUUCGACAAAAUCUGAUGACACUCAUAUUAAGGGAAAAUCAUUCAAAUCGACAAUAAAAGUCUAUAUGUAGAUGGGACACAAUUGUCUAUAUCACUGUCAAAGCAAACAAUUUGUACAACAAGUGGAACAUUUCUUCAGCCAUGCAUAAAAAUCUUCAAAAAAUGAAUUAUUCUUUUUUAUUUUGAAAUAUGGAAACCUUCACACUCUUCAUCAAUUUAGAUCUCGGAAUAAUCCAAACUUAGGAGUACACAGUUAAUUCAUUGCAUUGACAUUCUCCAACAGUCUUGUAGUGCAACAUUUAUGUCAUGUUUUGUAAGAAAAAUAGCAAGAGUAGAACCAUGCAUGAUGAAAUCGUUUUACACAUUAUAUUG